AAGAUCACGCUGGAAUCUCAGCUGAUGUGUUGCCAUCAAAACUUAAAGAAAAAAGCACAAGCAUCUUGAGUAAUCCCUGGUUCAUGUGUAGGAAGGUAGAUGGAGAGAAAGGAAACAAAGCGUGAGAAGGAAAUGUGAUGAAAUGACAUGCGUGCUACUCUAAUUAAACAAAGGCAAUAGACCAAUAGAAAAACAAUGAUAUCAUGUCUUGGAGGAAGACCGAAAGCUUGGAGUGCAGAAAAAAAAAGUAUAAAUACCAACAGAGUGGAGUGAGAAAUUGAAAAGAAAAAAAAAAAGUGAGAGGAGGAGCAGUGAGAGAAAUUGUAGAUGAGAAAAGAAAACUGAAAGAGGGAGUUUAAGUAAGAGGGCAUACUUCUCCCAGUUUUCUGAAUUUGCUGCCUUAUAUGGUCAAACUGUGGAAGGGGAUUUGGUAGAGAAAUGCAGCUCAGGCAGCACACGGCUUCAGUCAGCCUCAUGCACUGAGUGAGUGGAGGACAGAGGAGCAGGGUGGAUGUGUGCAAGACUGGACACACACACACACACACACAGCAGGACAGUGAGGACAGCUGGCAGUGUGUGAGAUGCGUUAUGGCGUCACAGGGCUCAUGGCAGGGAUAAGCAGAGGAGCUUAACACAGCCAGGAACGAGAGAGCUGCAGAUGAGGAACGAUGACGGAGCGCUAUGACUGUCACUACUGUAAGGAGUCCCUGUUUGGGAAAAAGUAUGUCCUGCGGGAGGAGAACCCGUACUGUGUGAAGUGCUAUGAGAGCCUGUACUCCAACACCUGUGAGGAGUGCAAGAAGCCUAUCGGUUGCAACAGCAGGGACCUGUCGUAUAAGGACCGCCACUGGCAUGAGGACUGUUUCCACUGCUUCCAAUGUAAGCGCUCACUGGUGGACAAACCGUUCUCCACCAAGGACGAGCAGCUGCUGUGUACUGAGUGCUACUCCAACGAGUACUCCUCCAAGUGCCACGAGUGCAAGAAGACCAUCAUGCCUGGAUCCAGGAAGAUGGAGCAUAAGGGCAACAGCUGGCAUGAGACCUGCUUCUCCUGCAAGCGCUGCCAGCAGCCCAUUGGUACCAAGAGCUUCAUCCCCAAGGACAACUGCAACUAUUGCGUGCCCUGCUAUGAGAAGCAGUUCGCUAUGCAGUGUGUGCACUGCAAGAAGCCCAUCACCACUGGAGGCGUGACCUACCAUGACCAGCCGUGGCACAAGGACUGCUUCCUGUGCACUGGCUGCAAGCAGCAGCUCUCUGGCCAGCGCUUCACAUCUCGUGAUGACUUUGCCUACUGCCUCAACUGCUUCUGUAACCUGUACGCCAAGAAGUGUGCCUCCUGCACCUCUCCAAUCAGUGGGCUUGGAGGGAGCAAGUAUAUCUCUUUUGAGGAGCGCCAGUGGCACAACGACUGUUUCAACUGCAAGAAGUGCUCGGUGUCUCUCGUGGGCCGAGGCUUCCUGACCGAGAGAGAUGACAUCCUGUGCCCCGAGUGUGGCAAAGACAUCUAAGAAGAAUUCAUACAAAUUAGAGAAAAAAACCUAAAGCACAGCAGCAUGGGGAAAUCCUGAUACUCUUAUAUCAUAGCUAUGGAUUUUAGCACCACUGAUUAGAAACAUGUACUAUUUUAGAACAGGCAAAUUCACUUUAUCCUCAAUAACAGCUUCAGCACUCAAGAGUACAAUAAAUGUCACCAGAUAUAUUUUGCCUAGAUGUUUAUUUCCUUUAUGGCAUGAGCAAUAAGAGCUACACAAUUUAAAAAAAAAAAAAAAAAAAGAUAAAAACAUUAGCUUUGGAACUUUAAAAAUAGAUUAUGAUGUUUAAUAUUAACACACUAACCAGUUUAAAAUGAACUCUGAUAGUGAGCCUUUAUGAGAGCAGAACUUGUUCCUAUUUCUCACGGUCAUCUAAUACAGUGCGAUAAAUAAAAUAAAGAGUAGUAAGAUUCUGCCUGGAAUUUUAUCUGUGAAGAUUUCUCAGUAAUGCUUGUACGUAUCAAACAACAUAUGUAUCAAGAUACAAAACUUAUUAAAACUUUUAAAUUCUAA